AUGCCCCAUACAUCCCACCCUUCCCGACCGAAACGCCCAACCCAAAAACGAACCCAAGUGACCGACGACGACGGCUGGACCCAUGUCGCGAGCGGCGGAAACGUGCGGCGCGUAAUGCGCACACGCCCGCGAGGCACAACAGCAGUCAAAGAAUCCGGGACUGGGAUCUCCUCUGACCAGCCUGAAGAACCCGUCCUGACUCCCGCAGAGGCACCGGGUCGACUCACGCUAAAUGAGCUGCAGGCGCAGUUUCGAACUCAUCGUGAGCGCUGGGAGGGUUCGGAGAGUUGGACUAAGUUGACGGGCGUUUUGGAUGAACGGCUGAGGAGGGCGGGAGAAAAAGCCUCUUCUUCAUCUGAUGCUGAUACUGCUCCUUCUUCCAUCCCAGCCCGUUGCCCUGUUGACGCCGUUGUCUGUAUUGGGCUUGGGAGCCCGAGUGGGUUCUUGCGUGAUGGAUGGGUUGAUCGGCGCUCCGUGUCGCUUUAUCAACUUGCUGCCCUGGCGAGUAUUAAGGAUCAAGUUGCUUGCACCACCUCCUCGGAUAUAAAAGUCUACGCACAAGACCCUGUCUUCAACACAUUAGACGAAUCCCUCCUCGCAGCCCUGAACAUAAAUGUCAUCAAACACCCAGAGGCCUUCUCGCAUAUCACAGCAAACACACUGCUCUUCUGUCCCGGCGCAGAACGCAAACAUCUUGAAUUGCUGCUGCCGUCGAAGCCGUGGUUGUUGUUCGGUGGCCCGCUCGAGCAUGCGGACUCUGGUGGUGUACUACAAGGCUAUGUGGAUGGGGCUGAGUCGUAUUGUUUGCCGGUGUUUGAAGCACUUGAGCAUGCGUUUUGGAAUACGAGGCUCUAUUGGGUCGAGGAGGUCGUUGGUGCAGAAUGA